AUGGGGACGAGGUUAGAAGAAGGUGUUCGAGAGGGACGGUUGUCUAAAGAUGAGGUUUCAUCUAGCAAGAAGUAUGACAGUGAAUUUUCCAGAAAGAGAGAGAACGAGACUAAUGCAGUAUCUGUUGGGAGGCAAAGGAGGCCUCAUGCUAGAAUGAGUCCACAACCCCGUCAUCAAGUAUCAUCGAAGAAGAAGAAUCAACAUGAGAGAAAUUUCGAGAAAUUUCUGGGAAUGUUCAAGAAACUCGAAAUCAAUAUCCCUUUUUCGGAAGCAUUGGAACAAAUGCCAAUAUAUGCCAAGUUCAUGAAAGAUAUAAUUUCCAAGAAGCGUUCCACUGAUACUGAACCGAUCAUCCUGACUGAAACAUGCAGUGCCGUUCUCCAAGGCAUGAAAAUACCAGUAAAAAAGAAAGACAGGGGAUCAGUUACUAUUCCUUGCACUAUUGGUGAUCAAAAAUUCAAGAAGGCUUUGAUUGACUUAGGAGCAAGUGCAAGUUUGAUGCCACUAUCCAUCUAUAAGAAGCUAGGCAUCGGUUCUGUUCAAGACACUUGA